AUGGGUGCCAUAACCCCACGUCUUCCUUUUCUCCUGCUGAUUUUCCUCACUUCCCUACCGUUUGCCCAAUGCCAGAACUCCACAGCAGCCUCUGCCACCGCCGAUGUUGCUAACAUCACCUCCGACCCCCUGAGGUCUCCAACCUCAAACAUCACCUCCACCUCUCUGAGCUCUCCAACCUCAACCAUCACACCCACCUCUCUGAGCUCUCCAACCUCAACCAUCACACCCACUCUCACAACCGCCAGCCCUGCCACAACCACCGUAGUUCCCUCUACAUCAACCAGAGCCAUCACCUUAACAGGCCCCCCAUUGCGGAACUCUACCUCCAACUCCAGCCUGGACUCCGUGGAUGCCCAAACCCCAGCUCCUGCCCCAGGCUGCGGGCCUGGCCUGGCCCCCAUCUACUUCAACCUGUGCGACAAGCAGGCGGCGUGGGGCAUCGUGGUGGAGAGCCUGGCCUCGCUGGGCUUCGUGCUGAGCGUGGGCCUGCUGCUGGGGCUGCUCCUCUGGAGCCUCGUGGUCUCCCUGCUGCUCUUCCUGCUGGGCACGGCGGGGCUGUUCGCGCUGACCUUCGCCUUCGUGGUGCACCUGACGCCACGCACCUGCCCCACGCGCCUCUUCCUGUUCGGCGUGUUGUCGGCUCUUUGCUUCUCGGCGCUGCUGGCGCGCUGCCUGGCGCUGCUGGGCUUCGGGGUGGCGCGGGGCUGGGCCGAGCCAGUCGUCGUCGUGGUGCUGACCGCCGUGCAGGUGAUCAUCGCCGUGGAGUGGCUGCUGAUGGUGCUGGUGCGUGAUGGGCUGCCGUGUAGCUACUCGCAGGCGGAGUUCGCCAUGCUGCUCAUCUACGUGCUGUGCCUGCUGGCGGCGGCGCUGGUGUUGGCUGCCCGGCUGGUGUGGCGCACGCGUCGUGCCUACGGCUACAGCUACCGGCACACGGCCGCGUGGAGCCGCGCGGGACACACACAGGCCACGCUGCUGCUGCUCACCGUGCUCCUGGCCGCUGCCGUCUGGGUGGUGUGGAUCGCCCUGCUUACCCGUGGGAAUCCGGAGAUGGGCCGGCGACCGGCCUGGGACGACCCCGUGCUGAGCGUGGCGCUGGUGGCCAGCGGCUGGGUGAUGCUGCUGGGUCACGGGGUCAGCCAGCUGGCCGUCCUGUGCCGGAGGGAGGCCCGGACCAAAGGCAGCACACUGGACUUCACC